AUGGCCUCGUCGGCGACAAGAGAGGUGCUCAUGCUUGAGGCCCCGCCGCCGCCCGAGCCUGCGGCGCCGGACGCGGAGGCCGUUGACGCGCUGCCCUACAUCGACGGCGACUACGGCGAUGCAGCAGUGAAGCGGGAGGUCGAUCGCCUCGUUGAAGAGGAGAUGCGCCGAGGGAAGCGCAAGCCCGCAGACUUCCUCCGGGACCUGCCCCCUCUUCCCACCGCCGGAUUCGAGAAUCAUCCUAUGCUUGCUAAAGAAUAUGAACGAGUUAGGGCUGGCAAACCUCCUUUUAUGCUAGAUAUGUCUCGCUAUGGUUUGGAGCCACCUCCAAUGAACAAGAGGAAUGAUGUUGGUGCUUGGAGGCAGGCUCUACGGAAUGCUCAGAGCCAAUUGCAGCAUCAAAUUAUAAGGAUAGAAAAUCUCGAGCUUAUGCUGAAAUAUGGUGUAGAUGUUUGGAAGCUCCAGAACAAACAAAUGGAAUCAGUUCUGUCUAGGAUGCAAAAGAUGGCUGUAGAAUACAAUGAAAGGAUAGAAAAUGUCAAUCGCGAGAGGAAGUUCCACCAGCAAAAUACUGGAGGACAGCUGCAUGCCCUGACAGUGGAAUGGCAGGAGCUGUGUCAAAAAAAUAUAGCUAUUCAGGCUGCCUGUGUUGACCUGCAGAAUCAGAUUGAUCAGCUGAAACUUGAAGCAAAAGAACUGGGAAUGCCCAUGGAUGACAACACUGGAACCAUCUCGCAAGCAUCAUGA